AUGCACCUCGGAUGGUUGCUUCUUCUUCAAGCUGUUAUCGCUUCUGCAGUGGCAUACAAUAAUAACAAGCGUCAUGCUAAUGCUUCGAACGAUGCUUGCGCCAAAGCAUGCACAGGUGUAUCAUCGGCAUUGAAAUAUGAUGUAGGUCGAAGUUAUGUGUUCGAUGUAAAUUCUCGAACAAUUCUAAAAAUCGGCGAAGGACGUGAUACAGAUGUGAUACAAAAUGCACAAGCGCACAUAUCAAUUCAUUCGUCAUGUGAAUUUUCGCUUAAAUUAACGCAAACAUCGCUAAAAGGAAUGGAUGUUGGAAGUGAUUGGAGUUCAAUCCUUGAAAGAUCAUCACUUCGAUUUGCAUUUGAUAAUGGAGAAGUGAAAGCAAUUUGUCCACAUGAUACUGAUCCAGUUUGGGCUGUAAACAUCAAACGUGCUAUUCUAUCUUCAUUUCAAACUAUAUUUGAAGGAACAAGAGAAACGGAUAUAUCUGGUGAUUGUCCGGUGAGUAUUGAAAGGCAAGAAACAAAUGAAAUAUUAAAUUUGAAGACAAUAAAACAGUUGAAUGAAUGCUAUCGUGAGCAUGAUAUUGCUGGAGUUCGAACUAUUCCAUACAGAAUGAAGUCGAAAAUACAAGUAUCAUCAAUGAUGGAAGCGAAACAAACAUGUGAACGUCAAAUUGCUCAUCACAAUCUUCAGCAGGUAACUUGUACCGAAGAUUAUCAUGUUAUUUCACCAUUUGAUGAAGGUAAUCGUGGAGCAUUGCAUGUUGAACAAACAUUAAGAGCUGUUGGAAUUGCAAAUGCCCUAUCACAAGAAUUAUUCAAAGAAAGGACAUCUAUUAUUUUUGAUCAUACCGAUGAUAAUUUUGAUAUAAAAAAUUCACCUCAACAUGCUAAGCAAAUCAUCGAUGAAUUAUGUCGAUCAGAUGAUCGUGUUAAUUCGGAUGCAGCAUAUUAUUUUGCUGAUUUGAUUUCUAAUCUUCGAGGAUUAUCAGUGGAGGAAAUAUCAUCAAUUGCUAAUUUACAAUGUGAUGCUUUUACUGAUGCAUUAGCAGCAUGUGCUUCACAUGCAUGUCUUCAACAACUUGCCAAUUUAAUCAAUUCAGGAGUAGCUUCAGAAUCUGUUUAUUUUUCGCUUGCUUUAUUAUCAAAACCAAAAAAAGGCAUUAUGGAUUCUGUUGCAGCAUUUAUCGAAAAAGUUCCGCUUCAUGGUUUAUUGGCUAUUUCAUCAUUAGUACAAUCCUACUGUAUUGCUCAUCCGAUGUGUGCAGCGGAAUCAACUGUACAACAUAUUAUACACAGUAUUUCAUCUAAAUUACCACCCGGUUGUAAUGUCGGACAACAAUUUGAGGAAAUCAAAAAAGCGGUGAUAGUUUUGAAAUCAAUCGGAAAUAUUGGUUAUGAAGAGCAUUCCUUAUCCACUAUAUUAGGUUGUAUUAUAAGCGAUCGAAUUUCAAAUGAAAUAAAAGUUGCUGCAAUCAAUGCUUUGCGUAGAAAACCAUGUAAUCAUCAACGAAACAACAAAAUCAUUGAACUAUUCCGCGAUCAAAAGGCAAAUACCGAAGUACGAAUAAUAUCAUUUCGACAAUUAAUGGAAUGUGCAAAUGAUGAAAUAUUGGAAAUUAUUAUUGAACAAUUAAACAAUGAAACUAUGAAUCAGGUUGGAUCGUAUGUUUGGUCAUAUUUGAAUGCUAAAAAACGAUCAACAAAUCCAGGUUUACGUAGUUUGCAACAUAUCUUGAAGAGAUUUCAUAUCCCACAACGCUAUAAUUUGGAUUUAAUUCGCUUCUCACGUUAUCAUGAAUUAGGAUAUUUUGAUAGAGAAAAUAACUAUGGUGGCCACAUGGAUACAUCUGUAUUACUCGUACCAAAAGGUUACAUACCACGUGAAAUAGCAUUCAAUUUCACUGUUCAUCUUUUCGGGAAAAGUGUCAACAUUUUGGAAAUUGGUGCGCGAACUGAAGGUUUAGAGAAAGCGGAAGAGGAAUUAUUCGGUCCUGAUGGUUACAUUAGCAAUCCUAAUGGAUAUGUUUUUCGAGAGAAAAGAUUUCAAUCACGAUAUCCCAAAUUAAAUCAUUUGCAGGAAUUACAUAGAAGGAGAAAAAAUGAUAUUGAAGAUUCAAUAAGAAUGACUUUUUAUAUUAGGAUGUUUGGAGAUGAUUUGUAUUAUUAUGGCUUUCAAAAAGAUCAACAUCAAUUGCUGGAUGUAGUGAAAGAAAGUAUUGAAUUUAAUAAAGUGCUGGAAAAACUGAUAGAGGAGAAGACAAGAAAACUUUCACGUUAUAUGCUUCUAUUUGAAUUAUCGCAAACAUUACCCACACUAUCCGGAUUAUCACUUCAACUUUUAACAAAUGUAUCACUUGCUACUAAAAUAGAUGGUAAACUGAAAUUGAAUCUCGCGCAUUUGUUGCUACGAAAAGCUGAUGCGAAUGGCCUUCUUGAUUUACGUCCGUCAAUAUCAAUUGCAAGUGGAGGCGCAAUACUUUUACGUACAGGUCAUGUAGUAUCUGGCGCUAUGAUAACGUCAAGCUUACAUGUUGCAACAAGUAUCGUACAGAGUCUAGAAAUGAAUGAAGGAAGGAGAUUAUUCGUGAAAAUUGAUGUUCCGCAUAAGGAUCUUCUGAUUGCGAAGAUACAUAAUGAUAUCACAAAAAUUGAAAGUAAUCGUCAUCAGUCAUUCAUUGCUGAACGUCACAUUCGUGAAGCUAUGAAAAGGCACUACUGCUCCGGUGAUACACUGGCAAAAAUUCUCGGGAUUCAAGCGUGUUUCGAUCUUCAUGGCAAUUUCCCGAUAAUGAAAGGAAAUAUUAAAAUAGAAAAAGUGGAUCAAGGAUUAAGCAGCUAUCAAUUUCUUAUUGAAAGAACGAAUGGCAGAGGUGAACAGAAAUUAUUAAUAAGUAUAGAUACACCAGGAUCGACAAUAAAUCGAAAAAUCGAAACUGAUUUUGAAAUUUCAAUUCCUCGCAAAAAGUUUAAACUUGGCAUUACCGCUCCAUUUAAAACAAUAGUGUUGGAUGGUAAUUUACAACAAAUGGAACAAUUACAAAAUUAUGCGACCAAUCUUCAACUUAUCAUGGAUGAUAAAACUUACAUGCUUGAUGGAAUACUGAAGGCAACUAAAAUAGAAGAGCGAAAUUUAUAUAAAUUAAAUGCAAAAAAUGUUGCUAAAAGUGUCACUACAGCGGAAAUUGUAGCAGAAUUACAAUAUAGCAUUGUAAAACCUUAUGCAAUGGUUAAUUUUCAUUUGGAAAAAAUCUUCAACAAGCCAUUUAUAUUCAAAAUAUUGAUAAAUCCAGAAGCUCCAAAGUAUGAAGGUAAAUUGGAAUAUUCGGGACCCAAUUUCAACGGGAAAUUAGAUACUUCAAUUAUCCAUCAAGGAAUGAUCGAUUUGAAAGGUACUUUAAGUGGUGAAUAUCAAAUUGAUAAUCAAUCGAAGCGAACACUUGAAAUUGGAUUUGAACAAGCAUUUCAAAAAAGAGGAACUAAUCAUCAUUUCAAGCAUGCCAUUCAUGCUGAUAGUACUGCUUUUAACAAAAUCGAUUUCCAAAUACUUUCUGAUCGUACUGGAAAUGAUAUGAAAAAUUUAUUAGAAGCAACUUAUUUUGGAAAAAAAUUGAUGGCAAAUUUGGAUGUAACACGUGGACCUAAUAAUAUUUAUGAUGCUAUUGGAAUUAUAAAAUGUGAUCAAUUUGGUAUCGAUACUAAAGCAAAUGUUAUCUAUCAAAAUCGUUUUCCACUACAAUUCAUGUUAAAUAUUGAUAUUGAAAUGCCAAAAAUAUCAAAUAUUCAUGCUUCAGCAGAAUAUACCGUGAAGAUAGAUCCAAAAUGGAAUUUUAAAGGAAAUAUUCUACUUCGUUACCCUGGUCAUGAAAUAGCUUUGAAAAAACAAAUUGAUGAAGUAAGCGGUGGACAAUAUAAAAUGGAAACAAAUUUACAAUGGGAUCCAAAUGGUAAAAUAGAUGCAAUAUCAGAUGUUGUAUUUCGUCCACGCGAAAACGAAUAUACGAUUGAAUCGACGGCUAAUAUUGCUGGCGUUAAUGAACCCAUAAUUUUCAGAAAGCAUAUCAAAUAUCAUUUUGAUAAUUAUAACAUACAAUUGCAAGCAAAACAAGGAGGCCAAACGAUAUAUGAUUUAAAUGCUAUUCUUGUUGGACAAUUUGGUGAUCAACAACGGCUUAAUUUCAAUAUUAAUUCCGAGAAAUUUGAACCACGAAUUAACUAUCAUAUGACAGCUGAAUUCCAACCAUCUGUUAAUAGCAUAACAGCGCUUGCUACGAUACGUAAAGAUGGACAACAUUUAGGUACAGGUAAUAUUAUAAUGCCGAGAAAAUUCAAUCUUCCUGAUCAACAAUAUCGAGGAGAAUUCAGUUGGAUUUAUCAAAAUAAAUCACGGAAAGUAGCGAUCGAUUACAAGCACACAUAUGGUUCAUUUCAUGCGGUAAAAGUAGAAUCGGAUGAUAAAUUUAGCCUGAACAUGCAAUUCGAUCAUCAAAAUGAUAAAAUGAUUCUUAAAUGUGAUUUGGAUAAAGAUCAUAUUCGAACUAUUUCAAUGGUACUUAGUACAACUCCUUUCCGUUGGGACUUUUUUGAAAUUAUUGGUAAUUUAAAUACUGAUGCACCUCUGCAACGAAGAUCAAUAAGAAUGAAAACAGCCUUUCUUUAUAGGAUAGAUCAGGCAAAUGUCGAAGGAUUAUUUGAAAUAAAUGGUAAACGUUAUGCCACUGAAGGUCAUUGGCGCAAAGCAUUGCAUGAUAUUGACAAACAUUAUAUUUAUGCUGGAAGAUUCGAAAUACCUCAAGGUCAAAUAAGCUUAGAACAACAGUUAGAAGUGAGAAAUAUUAUUACAAUACGAAAAGCAAAAACAAUUUUUGAGCUUAUCGGUGCUGAAAAAAUGUUUAAUCUAACGAAUGAAUUUGGAUGCAAUGAUGCAUCGUUCAGCACUGCCACCAAUCUUAUUGGAAGUGGAAUAGUAUUGAAGCAUACGAUAGCAUAUAAUUAUAAAGAUGGACAGAGGACAUUGAAGAAGCAUUUGAAGUAUAAUGAAAGAGAGAUAAACAUGGAUGCAGUAACAAUUUAUCGUGAUAGAGAAGUUAAAGUGGACAUUACCGCUUCAUCAACAUUUGAAAUGAUUCAAUAUGGCAAGGUUAUGUUCGAUUGUCGAAAAGGCAAUAUUUUUUGGAACUGUGAUGCGGAAAGUAAUAUAAAUAAUCAAUAUGUGAUUAAAGGGCAUGAAAGCUUAUCAUUACAAAAUACUGACAUAGGUUAUUUGGUAAAAUUAGGAAAUGUGAUGAAUAACGAAGGAAAAAUUCAAUUCAACAUUGAUAAUCAAGCUUCAAAAUACAAUGCUAAUGCUAUGUUGCGACGUGCUGAAAAUGUAUACAACUUAGAAAUGGACAUAAAUGAUAAUAGAGGUGUUGUAAAAUUGCAAACACCAACGCAUGCGAUCAACAAUGCACAAAUUAGAAUAACGAGGAAAGGACCUACUGAAUUCGAAGUAAAUACUGAAGGUGGAAAUAACGGAAGAAUAUAUGCUCAUGUUAAAACUGGUGAUUACGAUAAAUUGUUGAAGAUACAGAUAACAGAAAUACCGGAAUCGUUCCAGUUACAUUUGGAAAAUAGUUUAACUGGUGAUAAGCAAAAGUUAAUUGCUGAACUAAAGUUAGACCCUCUCGGACAAAAAAGAAUCUAUGGUGUAGAAAAUGAAAUCGAAGGUGAAGGUGAAAAAUUCCGCGCUUUACGAUUAACCCUGAAGCAACCGAUAAGAGUGAUAAAUAUUGACAUACUUCGACCAGCUCAAAACAAAUAUGCUUUAUCAAUACAACCAAAUGUUGGUGGAAGAAGACAUCCAACCGUAGCUGAAAUGACAUAUCAGAGGAUGACUGAUGGUUAUCAUUGGGAAGGAAGCAUUUCGGAUCAAGCAUUGCAAACACCAUUGACAGCAAAGAUAGUAUACAAGAAGGAUGAGCAAGAUAAAUACAAUUAUCGAUUGGAUUUACAAACUGAAUUUGCGUACAGUAAUGAACAGAGUAAAUUAUUUACCAAUUCAUUCCAUUUACAUCGAAGUAUCAUCAAGGAACGAAUUAUCAAAAGAGAUAACGAUAGAAGACAAGAUGAUAAUGUACGAUUUGUUAUUGAAUUUAAAAGUAUACAUUUGGCAAGCAAUCUCAAUACUCGAUUAUGGACUAAAAUUGAUCGGCGAAAAGUUGGAAAAGCUGUAAUUCCUGUUCAUACAACUUUCGGUUUGGAAACUAAAAAUAUGCAACAUCAACCAGUGGAAUAUUCCUUAGAGACAAAAACAGAUGCAAUCAAAUUUACGGAAUUUCAAUUGAAAUCACCAAAUUCAGUGUUAAAAGCAAAAAUUGACAAAAUAAACGAUAAACAUUAUAAACUUGAAUUUUAUGAGAACAGUCAACGACCAUUUGUUGUUGGUGAAUUAAAUUUGCACGAUAAUGGAGCAAUAUUUGAAUAUCGUAAUGAAAAAUCACAGGAAAUUAAAUUACAUGCAUCAGCUCUGAAGCUUAAUGAUUAUGAAGGAAAAAUUGAUGUAUGGCAUAGUGAAGCAAGCAAGAAAAUACAAGAUGCUCGCUUAUUAUUACAAAAGAAAACUAAAGAAACAGUAUCGAAAAGUAACGAAUUUCACCAAUGCCUAUUUGUAAGGGAUGCUUUACUACCACUAUUUUCCUCACAUAACCAAAUUGCUAACGAUGUUGUAAAAACGCUGGAUGGAGCAAUUAAAGAAUGGACUGUAGAGCUAAGAAAUUUCACUACUGAACUUGAUGCUGAAUAUGCUGAUUUAGUGAAUGAAAUUGAAAGCAAUUAUGAAAUAAUUAAAGAGGCGAUCCUUGUUGCAUACGAUCAAACUUAUCAGGAAAUGGAAGAAUUUGUUAAAAUUACUUCAAGUGGUGAUUUUAUUCAUCGGUUACAACAAUUAAUAGAUGAUAAAAAUGAUAUACAGCGAGAAAUUAUGGAUGCUUUAAGACCGAUCAUGGAUCUAAUUAAUCAAUUGUACAAUGAGGUGGAUGAUCUACAACAAAAUACUGCUGUAAUUAUUGAUCGACUGGAAGAUAUUCUGAAGCUAAAGGAUCUACGGAGAGCAUUGGAAGAAUAUAAGGAGAAUUUUGAACGAACCGAUAUCAUACAAACUAUACUUUAUGAAAUUCGAAAAUUAAGUUAUCAAUAUCAAUUACCAGAAUUAGAAAGAACAAUAGUUGAUAUUGAAGUGAAUCGUGGGCGUUAUGAAGGAGAAGCACUUAAAAUUUAUAAGAAAAUCAAAGAUUUCUUACUCGACAAGAUUACUGUAUCAAUUCUUAGCAAAGUGACAAAUGCCAUUUUUGAAUCCUUGGAUGAUAUUCAAAUUCGGCAAAAAUGGCAAGAAAUUAUUGAUUAUUUUAGAGGAAAAAUAACAGCUAAUGAAAUUGUCAAACAAUUUUGGAGACAGUAUAUACCGACAUAUAAGCGUUUGUCACCUGGAGAGUAUGAAUUGCAAGUAACUGUUCCAUAUGGUGCCUCAUCAUUGGGAGAAAUUUUAAGCAUUCUUCAUCCGCAAUAUUUCAUUGCUCUCAAAUCAGCAAUGAUCGAAUCUCUUGGAUUAUCACUUAAAGAUCAGGAAUUUAUGCAAUCUUUAUCAGAUACAAUUUAUACAUACAAAUCAACAAAAUUAAAUCCAUGGAAAAUGAUGUCACUACAUGAAAGUAUUGCUUAUAUAAUUGACGGUGAUCGUUUCAUAUCGUUUGAUGGGAGAGUAUUCGCAUUUCAUGCUCGUUGCGAAUAUCUUCUUGCGUCUGAUUUACAUACUCAACGUUUUGCACUCAUAGCUAUAUUUUCAUCACAAGGACGUUUGGAUAGUAUUAAAAUUGAAUUGCGUGGAGAAGAAGUACAUAUAAAUGGUGCUCCAAUAUCAAUGCCAUGGCAGAAGAUAGACAGUAUUGACGGAGCAGUUUUAAUCUCAGUUUAUCGGAAAGAUCAUUGGACGACAUUAAAAACAUAUGAAGGUUUAUGUGUACGAUGUAAUAGCAAAUAUGAUAUUUGUGAAAUUAUUUUACCGGGACGAAUGCAUGGACGAAGUAAUGGUCUUCUUGGAUCAAAUGAUAAUGAACCAUCAAAUGAUUAUGAUUUAGUGGAUAAUACACCUAAUGAUCAGCUAAAUGUAUUGGCCGAGCAUUGGGCAAUAAAUGGUGCAUGUGGUGUAAAUGAAGCUCGAGAUUUAACGUAUCGUGAUGAUGAUCGUUGCCAAGAAUAUUUUCAAAGUUCCGAUAGUCCAUUACAACGUUGUUUUACUCAAAUACGCUCAAAACCAUUUGAACAAAUUUGUUCCAAUGGUGGAAAACAACAGCAUUGUACGGCUACUUCAGCAUACCUUCAAAUAUGCUCAUAUGCAGGAAUCAUUACGGUAUUACCUCAUGAAUGCGUGAAAUGUGAUGGUGAUUUGCAUUUGGAUGAUGAAAGAAAGAUUGAAAAAUCUGUCAUCGAGCACGAUGUCGUAUUUGUUGUUGAAGAAACAAAAUGUAUGGAUUAUCAUAAAGAUAAAAUAGCAAAAAUGGUACAAAAAAUUGACCAAGAGCAACGAUCAGUACGUUUUGGUUGGGUAGGUUUUGGAGGUGAAGGAGUUCAUCAUGAGCCACUUGUACAUUAUGAACAGGAUGAAGCAUUGUUUGAUGUUUCAAACUUUAUCAAGCAAACACAACAAACUUUUGAACCGAUAUCUCGAAUUGAUACACCACAUAGUUGCCCUAAAAAAGCAAUUGAAUUUACAGUGAAACAUUUUCCAUUUAGAUUUGCUUCUGUUAAAAGUAUUGUUUUGGUUAUGUGCAGAAAAUGUAUGCCACGAGGACACACGAAAAUGCUAGAUAUGUUACUUGAACAAGAUAUUACAAUGCAUCUGUUAACAUUAAGCAAAUUCAAGACAAGUGAUGGAAGCAAAAUUAUUGGGAUGGAUGCAAAACAAUUAUUAGAUGAAUAUGGAGCACAAAUUGGACAACGUACAUCCUUAUUACAACCACAUGAUAGCUGUUCCAUUGUUGCUCAACAAACUUUUGGAACUGUUUUCUCUCUUAAACAUGGAUCCAUGGUAGCAGCAUCCAGAAUAACACCUAAACGAGAAAGUUACUGUUUCAAUUGUCAAUGUACGAUUGACAGAUUAUUUGCCCAUAAUGUAUGCCGGCCAUGUGAAACGACUGAACCAGCUGAAUUGGCAUCAUAUAGAAUGAUCGAUUCAGAACCUGAUAAUGAUCUACAACUUUUGGACAUGCUCGCGUAA